AGGAUCUCAAUCGAGAGUUGCGGACAAUACUACAAACAACUCAUUGAACACGUCUCUAAUCCCAGGGCUCAUGACGACCACAUUUGUUGCUCUUACGGACAGUUCAAGAACUGUGUAAACGAUCCGCUUUUGCGAGAAUGUGGCCGAAGAGCUCGUGGUCUUAUGGAUCACUCGAUGGGAUUCUUGAUAUCUCGUUGUUCUCAUAGCAAUCCCAAUGGAAUGACCGAACGAUGUCCUGACCCAAUGUCUUCAUCACCUCCAAUGUCUACCACAACCACAGCCACUGAAGAGCCAUUUGAUGAUCAAAACGAUGUGUCCAACAGAGCUCGUGCUGACCGUUCAUUCGACGCCUCCGAAGCGACCACAACCGAGAGUUGGACCCCACGAACCGUUAUCUAUACUCUGCCUCCAGAACCCGGAAGUCAGACAUCA